UUAUUUUAUAUUGAGCCUUUUCACAAGAACUCUGUGAUAUUGCCUGUAAUUCUACUGCAAUAGAUUGAAAUCAAUAUUUUUAAUUAUACAAGUAUUUUGGAUCAAUCCCCCACUCUUCAGUGCUCCCUGAGCGCUGGAACUCUGUAGACAAACAUUAACUUUGGGAUAGACACUAUUUAUGUUCUACUCCUUCCAUUUUUACUGCAUCUACCAUUUGAUCAACAUGAAAUCAUCUCUGACUCUGCUGUGUCUGGUGGUAUGGCUGAAUGUGGAUGCUUCAUCAGCUCAGACUGAAAUAGAGGGAGCAUGUAUCAACCCACCUGUGAUGAAUGGAUUCAUAGUUCAGUCAAAUGAGAGGAAUGUUGAUCCCAGGAAAAGGAAGAUAUACUAUUCCUGCAAUGUAGGGUUCAAACCCUCUACCGGGGGUUGGUGGGGUGAAGCCACAUGUACUGAGGGAACAUGGUCUGGAAUAUUAGAGUGUAUUGCGCAAGGCAUUAUAUGUGAUCCUCCACCUAAAGUUGAAAAUGCAAUUGUUGAAAUCCCAUAUCAAAAUAAAUAUAUAGAGGGAUUUGAAGUGAAUUAUGAAUGUCGCAAGUCCUUUGAAAUAGAGGGACUUAAAAAACUUACUUGUGAAAAUGGGAAUUGGACAACUCCACCACCAACAUGCAAACCAAGCUGUCCUGAUCCCCCUAGCAUUGAAAAUGGAGAUUUCAUCAAGGAAAAGAGAGAUGAUAAAGGUGUUAUUACAGAGCUGUACUACCAAUGCAGCAGACAGUAUACACUGAGUUUCACAGGCAGCAUCAGAUGUCAGAAUGGAAAAUGGCCGAGCCCUCCAAAGUGUUUACGGCCUUGUGAGAUUUCCACUUUUGAUGCAGAGUACAAUCUACAGAAUUUAUCCAAGAAAGAUUAUACUACGCACAAUGAAAAAAAGACUCUUCAGUGCAAAGAGGGAUAUUACCAUAUAUACAGACUUUUUGUAUGGAAUAUAGUAGAAAUUGAGGUGAAGUGUGAUGAUGGAGAGAUGCAGUAUGAAGACCACAAACCUAUAUGUAGCCAUCUUUAUUCAUAGGUAGAUGAUGAACAUAAUGGAUAUCCUACAGAGUCAUGAUGUUCCCUCCGUCAAAUGCAAGAAUCCUUACAAAGCCGCCUUUAUAUGCAAGGAGAAGAUCUAUUUGAUUUUGUGGUUUCUUUGUCGCUUGUUUAAUUUAGGUUUAGAAAAAAUGUGAGCCAUCCAGUAAUGGAAUACAUGUAGUGUCUUUUUCAACAUUUGACAUUGUAUCACCGUUGUAACAAAAUAACAGUAUCUUCCAAAUCAUAUCAGUCUCAGCUUCACUAUAAUAACAGUACAGCUAUCUAAAGCUAGACUAAAAUGGUACAUUUGUUAUAUUAGUACAAAGAGAUAGGAUGUUCACACAAUCACAUCAAGUUUAUAAAUUGCCUGGCUGGGCUGAUAAGACAGUGGCUUGCGCAGUCAGAUAGAACAGUAAAUGGGCAUUUUAACAUCAUAGAUUUAGCUGGUGGUAGCUUGUGGAAUAGACACUGACUGGAAUGUGGUUUUAACCAAUCAUUAUUCAGGAUUAGACCAACACGCUGUAUAAUGUGGAAAUAUCCUCCUGUAUCUUCCAGCUGUGUGAUUCAUUAUCUGAAGGUUUAAUAUAAAUGAACAACUGAUGUUAUGAUUGUGAUUGACCUCAUCAAGGAAGACAAUAAAGUUGUGGAAAAGAGAUGA